GCUGAAAUAAUCAACAGGCUGAAUGGGACUUGUGCCCUCUCCCAAGAGGUAGGGCAGAACCUACCCUACCUCUCCCACCAGCAGCAGGUCUUGGGAGCCAUGGAGAGGGCUAAGCACAUCUCUGCUCCUGAGCUGAACUUCAUCAUCUGACAGCUGCUCCAAGCCCACCAGCUGGCCCAGCUGCAGGCUCUGUCCCUGCCUCCAACCCCAUUGCCUGUGGGGCCACAGCCGCCUUCGCUGCCAGCGGUCCGUGCGGUCACCGGCCUCCUCUUGCUGUCCGCACAGGGCUCUCAGGCCCAUUUUUCCAAGGAAGACAAGAACGAGCAUGACGGAGACACCAGGAGGAUGAUGGCAAGAAGCAUAACUGUGUCGCCUGAUGAAGAACAAAACUUGAAUCAUUACGUACAAGUUUUAGAGAACCUAAUACUGAGUGUUCCCACUAGGGAACCAGCCCGUGCAAAAAAAUCAAAGUCUUCAAAAAGUGCCUACUCUAUAGGAUCGAGGGUUUCAAAAUUAAAGGAGAUAAUUACACCUGGAGAAAAUUCACCUGAGAAUGCUGUUAUAAUCAGUCCUAUCAGUGAAGGAACUACACCCCUCCCUACUAGCGGCUUCACACUAGGAGGAGGGAGGAAAAAACGCACUAAAAGUACAGCAUUCUGGUCGAUCAAACCAAAUAACAUUUCUGUUGUUUUACAUGCAAAAGAACCUUAUAUUGAAAAUGAAGAGCCAGAGCCAGAGCCAGAGCCAGAGCCAGCGCCAGCGCCAGCGCCAGAGCCAGAGCCAGAGCCGAUUGUGAAACAUACUAGGGCACCAAAAUUGUUGCCAACUGUUGUGAAAAAAUUUACAACUCCAUGGGUCACCACAAGGAAAUCAACUUUCACCUCUUUCAGUAGAAGCACUGAGAUGGAGAUCUCUGCAGAGUCAGAAGAUGUCCCUCAGCUAUCAGGCGAAACUGAAAUAGAAAAACUUGAAGAACCAACAUUUGACAAACACUCACAGACUUUGAAUAAUGAUGACAUUCUGAAAAAAAUUUCAGAUAUUAAUUUACUGGUGCAACAGGCACUUCUUACUGACACCAGCGAUCCACAAUUAAAAGAAGACAUCCAAGCCUCCAAAGAGCACCUAAAGCGAAGCCUUGCUCUAGCAGCAGCGGCAGAACAUAAAUUAAAAACAAUGUAUAACUCUCACUUGUUUUCAGGAGAAACCGGUAAUGAAAUUGAUGACAUUGAAACUGUUAUUAACAUGCUGUAUAAUUCUAGAUCUAAACUAGAUGAAUAUUUAGAUAUUAAAUAUGUUCCACCAGAGAUGAGAGAAAAAGCUACUACAGUAUUCAAUACAUUGAAAACAAUAUUAUGUGUAGGUCAAGCAGAAACUGGAAGUCUUAUUAGGAGGUUGUUAAGCAAUAAUAUAAAAAUCCUAAACCUACUUGACAUACCAUGACAAAGUUGAUUUAAGCAAACUGCAUUCAUUCACAGGAGAAAUAAGCAUAUUAGUGAUUUCACAAAUUGUACAAAAAUAUUUUCUGUUGUAGUUCAAUGUGCUAACAUCUUUAUAUGUCAUGUGUCAUGAAAAUUUUUCACACACACGAAGACUCUAAUAAUUUGCAAUAAAAUUUUGGUUCAGGA